CCGAAGAAGAAGUUGUGUUACUGGCUCAGUGGUGUCACUGCACUUGCUUGUGUCGACAUCUAAUGUUAGCUAUGUGUUAUUUAAUGUCAUGACAUUUACACGACCAUACUUUUUACACGCUAUAUCCAGUUGUCUGUUUCCAGACAGAUCUCCAAUCCCUGCGUUUACAGAGCUCCCCCUCCCCUCGGGCCCCCCUUUAACCCCACCCCACCCUGAUGAAGACAGCGUGGGAAGCAGACCAGGAAGAGGAGCCUCCACAGGAGAAUGGGGUUAUCCAGACCACCCAGGACCAGCACAGCUCCAUCUCUCCGCCAUCAACAGUGUCUGGGGCCCCGGACGACGAGCCCUUCUCUACAUAUUUUGAGGAGAAGGUGCCAAUCCCAGAGGAUGUCACCCAGAUGUUCAGUUUCCGUAAACUCUGGGCCUUUACGGGACCUGGUUUCUUGAUGAGCAUCGCCUAUCUGGACCCAGGGAACAUCGAGUCUGAUCUACAGUCUGGAGCUAAAGCUGGCUUUAAGCUCCUGUGGGUAUUGUUAGGGGCCACCAUCAUCGGCCUCCUCUUGCAGAGGUUGGCUGCACGCCUGGGGGUUGUCACAGGGAUGCACCUAGCAGAGGUCUGCAAUCGCCAGUACCCUACUGUUCCUCGUAUUAUCCUGUGGCUGAUGGUGGAGCUGGCCAUCAUUGGCUCAGACAUGCAGGAGGUCAUUGGCUGUGCCAUUGCCUUCAACCUCCUCUCUGUUGGCAGGAUUCCACUUUGGGGAGGUGUCCUCAUCACCAUCAUUGACACCUUUGUGUUCCUCUUUCUAGAUAAAUAUGGCCUGAGAAAACUUGAAGCCUUCUUUGGGUUUCUCAUCACAAUCAUGGCUGUAAGCUUUGGGUAUGAGUAUGUGAUGGUGCGUCCGGACCAGGGGGAGCUGCUGAAGGGGAUGUUUCUGCCGUACUGUGAGGGCUGUGGUCCUGCCCAGAUGGAGCAGGCUGUGGGCAUCGUAGGAGCCGUCAUCAUGCCCCACAACAUCUACCUGCACUCAGCUCUCGUCAAGUCUCGGUCAAUAGAUCGUGGGAACAAGAAGGAGGUGAAGGAGGCCAACAAAUACUACUUCAUCGAGUCGACUAUCGCUCUCUUCAUCUCCUUCCUCAUCAACGUCUUCGUUGUAGCAGUGUUUGCCGAGGCCUUCUACGAGAAAACCAACAUUGAAGUGAAUGCAAUGUGCAAUGCAUCAGACAGUCCACACACAGACCUCUUCCCCCUGGACAACAGCAGGCUACAGGUGGACAUCUACAAGGGGGGGGUGGUGCUGGGUUGUUUCUUUGGCCCUGUAGCCCUCUACAUCUGGGCCAUCGGGAUCCUUGCUGCCGGACAGAGCUCCACCAUGACUGGCACUUACUCUGGCCAGUUUGUCAUGGAGGGUUUCUUGAAUCUGCGUUGGUCCCGUUUUGCACGGGUUCUUCUCACCCGCUCCAUCGCCAUCUUCCCCACCCUGCUGGUGGCCAUCUUCCAGGACGUGCAGCACCUGACGGGCAUGAACGACUUCCUCAACGUGCUGCAGAGCAUGCAGCUGCCGUUUGCUCUGAUCCCCAUCCUGACCUUCACCAGUCUGACAUCCAUCAUGAAUGACUUCGCUAAUGGACUGGUGUGGAAGAUAGGCGGAGGGGUGGUCAUCCUGGUGGUCUGUGCCAUCAACAUGCACUUUGUGGUGGUCUAUGUGACCAGCCUAAGCAGUGUGGCUCUCUAUGUGCUGGCAGGCUUUCUUUGUAUAGCAUACCUAUGCUUUGUGGGCUACCUGGUGUGGCAUUGUCUGAUAGCCCUGGGGGUCUCCUGUCUGGACGUGUCCUGUCUGGCCAGCAGGAUGCUGACUGGCCACAAUGACAUUUACCUGCUGAAGGACAUGGACAGCGACACGAUGGUGGAGAGAUUAGAAGAACACGUUGGACGAGUGGUUAUUAACAGUGAUACAGUCUGUAGCUAGAGAGAAUUCACAGGGGUGACCUAACAUGGAGGAUGCAGUGCGCCUCCUGUGCCUUAGUGCCAGCCAGACCUUCGUAAGUGCCCAUCCUCAUCAUCUGACCCUUACAAGAAGCCUUGAACCCCUCACUUGACAUUCCACUAGGCAGGUAGCCUAACUAUGAUUGGCAUUAUAUGAAGGUUAGGCCUAUGAUCAAGUUUACCCCAAUGAGUUGUUGGUUUUUAUCAUGUCGAGCAUGCUUGAUCAACGUGGCACUAUAAAAAUUCGGCAAAUGAGCUGGCUUUUUCACGGGACAGCAUUUUUAUGACUUUGAAAAGCUGUGAUCAUUUUAUAUGGGAAAUACACUGUGUGUAGUGAGUUUGUUACAAAAAAAGGCAAUUGCCACCAAUUUAUAUGCAUGUACGUUGUAGAAUUUUUUUAAAUUUAUGAACACACAGAGAACUUCAUUUUCGUAAGACUUUAUCAGGGUAAACACUUAAAGGGCCAAUUCACAGUUGUUACAUCCAUUUUUGAGCGUAUAAAUUAAUGAUAUACACUGAGUACACAAAAUAUUAGGAAGACCUCCCCACAACCCCCUUUGCCCUCAGAACAGACUCAAUUCGUCGGGGCAUGGACAGGAAUGCUGGUACAUGGUGACUCCAAUGCUUCCCACAGUUGGCUAGAUGUCCUUUGGUUUGUGGACCAUUCUUGAUACAUACGGGAAACCGUUGAGCGUUAAAAAAAACAGUAACGCUGCAGUUCUUGACAGAAACUGGUGCGCCUGGCACCUACUACCAUAUCCUGUUAAAAGGCACUUGAAUCUUUUGUCUUGCGCAUUCACCAUCUGAAUGGCACAGAUACAAAAUCCAUGUCUCCAUUAUCUCAAGGCUAAAAGUCCUAAACUGAUUGAAGUGGAUUUAACAAGUGACAUCAAUAAGAUAUCAUAGCUUUCACCUGGAUUUACCUGCUCAGUCUUUCAUGGAAAGAGCAGGUGUUCUUAAUGUUUUGUAUUCUCAUUGUAUAUCAAUUGUUGCUUGAAGAAUAUUACUUAGAAAUGCCUCAUGACCAUAGUUCAGUCGUACCCCAUCAGAACACAGUACAUCAAAUCUUGGAGGGUCAGUCCUUGCAUCCAUAGCGCGGUCUAUGAAUUUAAGUGGUUACAUUUCUCCAGGCCCAUCCCUCAGCUUUUUAUCAAAACAGCUUUGUCUGCUUUGUUAUUGUUUCAAGUGCGGAUUGGCCCUUUAAGAACAAUUUCCUAACCCAGUUGCUCUGGCACUUGCAAUUAUAACUCCCCAGGGCUCCUGAGUGGCGCAGCGGUCUAAGGCACUGCAUCUCAGUGCAAGGGGCGUCACUACAGUCCCUGGUACGAAUCCAGGCUGCAUCACAUCAGGCCGUGAUUGGGAGUCCCAUAGGGCGGCGCACAAUUGGCCCAGCGUCGUCCGUAAUUGUAAAUAAGAAUUUGUUCUUAACUGACUUGCCUAGUUAAAUAAAGUUUACUUAUUUUUUAAAGUAAAAAAUUCUACAUUUUAUUUAUAAAACACAAUUUAUCACACUCAAGGUGCUAAUAGAUAAAUAUUUUAGAUUUUGUGUGGAGUCAUUUAAAAUGUUCUACAAAUGUCCUGCUAUUUUGUUCAUUCCCUCCAAAGCACCCCAGUAAAACUAAAGCUUUGGCUUUACAGUGAAAGGCAUAAAAGCAGCCCAAAUUAUCCCAUUUCCUUAAAAUAAUUUCUCAGGGAAAAUGUUAAUGUGAUACUAACAAUUGUACUGACCUCUCUGUGAAUUCAGUGUUUUUGUUAGUACAAAACUCUACCCAUUGAAAUUCUGUUGAAGUUUAAAUUCAUACCCAAAGCCCAAUAUAAUGAAAGAUGCAGGCUUUUUCUGCUUCUUGACGUGGUCUAUGAAGUUAGAGGUGUCACUGCUAAAUACAGCUCCUGAUGACCAUUGUAGAAUUUACAUAUAUUUAUAGACUGACAUUUUGAGAGUAGAUCUAUCAUAAAUAGAAGGUCUCUGCGUGUCCAUGAUCACACCACUUUAGUGAAGUCAUUACCCUGGAUUGUUUUAAUUAUGAAAUCUUCAUACAGAAGUCAUUCACUUGUAUGGUUUACAUGUUUAGAUAUGACAUUUAUUUUUAAAUGUGGAAUUUUAUGUACUGUAAAGCCAGCAUUUGUAUUUGGUCAAUUUAACAAUCGCAUAGAUAUCUUGACUUUAUUUUUUAUAUAUAUCUUUUUCAAAGGAAACUAAAGUAUCAACAGUUUGUGGCUGUUAAGUUUCGCUGGUACCAUACAUUUUUGAUGAAUAAAAUGACAUGCCAAAUAAAAUAACUUUUUUUUUUUGUCACUUUCCAAAGAUAAAUCAUUAAAUACUUUUCACUAA